CUAUGAAGGAAAGUACUAUGAUCUUUAUUAGCUCUUAAGAUAAUAAGUGCUCACGUGUGUGUGUGUCGGACCGACGUGGUUUAGUUUGUCUUUUGAUUUUGUCGCUUUGGGAAGCACGUGGGUCUCAGAACUUCGGAGCGCGCUUGCCACCUGUGCCAGAGUCUGGAGCGCGCGCGCCCUCCAGCGCAGAGGCCCGGGAGAACUACAUUACCCAGAAUCCUUGCGCAGAGCCCCUGCGGCGCUAAGCCAAUGGGGGCCCUUGCAGAGGGACGCUUGGGCACGUCCAGGCGGGACUUCCGGCGCCCCUGCGGCGGCGGUCCUUUUGGUGACUCUUGGGUCGGUCCACCUGGACAGGGUCUGAGCUCUUGGUCCGGCCCAAGGUUUCCAUGGCUUCAGAUGCGUUCACGAACCACGCACAGGGUGACCUUGGAGGAUGUGGCUGUGGACUUCACCUGGGAGGAGUGGCAGCUCCUUGGCGAGCCUCAGAGACUCCUGUACCGGGAUGUGAUGCUGGACAACUUCACCCUGGUGGCCUCGCUGGAGCCCCCAGUGGUGCAGUGCUGCCGGGCUCGGUAUGGAGCCUGCCUCAGCCCAGCUGCGGCCGCCUCAUCCUCCCAGGAGCCCCGUGUGUUCGAUCCUGGAGUUACAGAGCAGGCGUCUGGGAUGGCCUGCCCUCUUUAUCCCGCAUCUGCGUGUACAGCAGUGUUUCUCUGC